CAGUUUUCUUCGUCUUUUCAAUUCUCUUGUUUUGUGCAGUUAGGUAAAGCAACUUAUUCCGAAUACGUUCGAGUAUAAAUUGUUUUAUUUAAAAUGGAUUCAAUUGAAAGUGGUUGUAAGGAUCGCCUUAGAAUGGACAGCACAGAAAAGCCGGAUAAAUCUACAACAUCAAAAAAACCAGCACCUAUUAGAACAAACAUUACAAUAAGUGGAGUAUCGGAAUCAUUGAAGAGUGCAACCUUAACUACGCCAUCAACACCAAGAAUCGAGCUUAGUCGAGCAUCAAGUUCUUCGCACCACGAAGACAGUCGUGAUAGUAGCCCAGAUAAUGUGUUUGAACAGGUUGGCACUGGCACACUGCAGGACACUAUUGGAGUAGGAUUUCAUGAAGAAGGUGCUUUGGAAUUGCGUAGCUCAACCGAAGAGUUAUUCUUUAUGGAUCCAGAGGCUAAAAAAGAAGAACAAGAAAAAUUGCAACAACAAAUUCAGCAAGCACGUCGAUCCUCGCCUAUUAUUUUCAAAUUUGAUGAGCACCAAAAUUAUCUACAACAUCAUCAACGAAAAGACUCGGCCAGCUCUGAAGUUGCAGCCCUCCUCUGCAUAUCUGGUCGCACAAGCCGAGUGUCAAGUGUUGGUAGCCAAGGAUCGGCAGUAAGUCGAUUGUCUGCAAUAUCCGGUGUAUCACGAUCACCAUCGCCACAUCGAAUGCUUCUCGAGACAUCGUUUUGUGGUCCUAAACCUUUAGAAAAUCUAGUAGAUGGAAGCAGUGUGAGUGUUGUUGAAGCUCCAACAGCUGAAAUUCUUGAGCAAGUCCUACUCUCAAGAAAACAUGAUCCAACACAAGCCGUUUUCGCUGAAGGAAUAAAAAUCGAAUCUUCUCCUCAGAAAAAGAAGCCUCCAACUAGCAUUACCAAUGGUGAUACAAAACGAAAACCAACCGAUGUGAAGCGAGCUAGUCGACAAACAACCUCCUCCUCCUCAAAAGCGGUUUCUUCACGUGCAGCCAAUCGUUUGACAGCAAAUAAGAGUCCAGGACAAUUGGUGAUGGGCAAGACACCCAGUGGAUCAGAGUACAUUCGAAUCAAUCUAAAACCUGACCACAUGUACAAGGAUAAAGGUGUUGCACCUAACGAACGAGUUGUUGAAGUUGCCGUUCCAGGUGCAGAAAAAACUGGACAUCAUAAAAAGCCAAUCUCUCUCAGUUUGGGUAGGAAUGCUGCUAUUGACGAAAAGCGAUUAACACCCAGCUUAAGUCCAAAACCAUCAAGACACUCAGCACUUUCCAAAGAAGCCAUGGGAAGUCGAUCACCAUCGCCAGCUAACGUAUCCGUUUCUCGCAAAAGCUCAUUUUGUUCGCUAUUCAAACUCAAAGAUUCACCAGACUCACCAAAAGAUCGUGUCAGAUCUCGAAGCAAAAGUAGAGAUCGUUCUACACCACAAUCACAGAAUCCUACACCAAAUAAACAAAAAUCAGUUUUGGCAAUAUUUAAGCCUAAACGUGGCGAAGGCAAAUCAAAGAGUUCAUCACCUAUUGACUUUGAUUUUGAACGCCAUACUCCAACAGCUAGCAAAGAUAGUGCAAUGGAAACGUUCCAAAGCGCUGGUUCAAGGCCUUCGAGUAGAUUAAGAUACUACGAUAAGCCAGCCGAUGGGAAGGGAAUACACAUUCCCCUUCAUACUCCUCCUGAAGAAAAAAAUGUCAACAAGUUAUUACAGGAAUCAGCUGAUACCCGACCACAAUCAGCACCAACACUCAAAGAAUCCUUAGCAUCAUCGCACUCAAUAAGCUCAACAGCCAAGACUAAACCAAACGAUGUUUCUUCAAAACCAACACCUGCUACAAUCAAACCCGAUGAACUGAAACAUGAAAACACCGUUUUGGCUGCCCCAUCAGCACCACCAGUUCCACAUCAAAAUAAAGUGACGAAAAUUCAAUGUAUAGAAAACCUUGAUGCAAUUCACACUCUUCCUCAAGACGUCGAUGAAAAAGAACAAACUUGGAGUCUCGAGGUCCAUCAGCAUAGUUCUCAAGACAGUCAAGACACCAUUUUAUCAGACAAUUCAUUACCUAAUAAUUGUAUUUCCAAAUUGAGUGGCCCUCGAACGAAUUUGGAAAACGUUUCCGAGCACACCAUUGACGAAAAUGGCAUUGCAGCAGAAGUACAUCGUGUGCCUUCGGAGACAGAGUCUAUUCCGGUUCAAGCACAACAACAAGUGGAAGAAUCUAUGGGAAGGGAAAAACGAAGAAUUCUGUUCGCAACAAGACUAGGCUCUGGUAGCCAAGAGCAAAUGUUUAGCACUCAAUUUAGCCUCUCAAAGACAGAAAGUCUUUCAAGUCAGCUGUCAGAACAAGCCUCAAUCCCUGAGAACUCAGUCCAGGAGGUUCUUCAACGCAAAGAUACUAUAUUGCGAAGACCAGAUGACAGUACUGUUGUGGCUAAUAAAACCACUACUCCUAUCAACAGAUCCGAAAUUUUGAAAAAGCCUUCAGUUUCAAAGUCUCAGUCAACAUCUGAAGAUGAGAAGCAAGCUCCUAUUCCUGCUGCUGGAAUUCUAAUGCGAAAAAAAGAGUCUAUGAAUGAGGAACUUAGACGCAAGUCAUCUCGUUCCGCGUCGGAAGAUGAUGAUGUUGUUGCUACUCACAGACAUUCUCGCUAUCUGGAAAACUUUGACGUACGUCGAAAGCUCCAUGAGAAUGUUGCAGCUCGAAAAUCAACAAGCCCAGUAGCAAUACCACAAACUAAGGAAGAAGAUGUUAAAAUGACAGUUCAAGAUCAGGGUGUGAUUGAUAUAUCAAGACAUCCUCAACCAAAACUAUUGAAAAAGCAAAUUUCUGAAUCGGAAACUGACACUAACGCUGCGCAAACUGAUUUGUCCAAGUUUGAAACAUUCAGUGAACCUAUUCAUAUCCCAACAGAACGACAAUCAUUUGUUUCAACUGAUGAGCCAGAGUCAUCGGAAAGCGAACGUGACUCCGAAUCAGAUCCUCAUCAAUUGAAACGUAAUUUAUCACGACACAUAGCUAGUGCUAUUGAAGAUCACGAGAGCACGGGUUUGGUUUCACAAGAAUCAUUUGACGAUGAGCUUCCUUAUAUUCCAACAACACUGCCUGAGGAGCGAGCUCAUGGUGUUGCUCUAAUUCCAAUGAAAGAGCGUUUGCAUAUGGAAUUGAAAACAUGUCCAUUAGAUCGGCCACGUUCCACAACACCUCUCAAUCCUUCACAUCUUGAAGAGUAUUGUGGAAUUGUAGCUGCUGCACCAGAAGCUGGUGGUGACCUAGAUCACCGGCAACCUAUCAGAGGUGAAAAGCUACGAAUAAGUCUUCCGAAAAAGGAUUCCGCCAAGGAUAAAGCACAAAAAUCAAAAUCUCCUCGACGAACUUCAACAUCGAGUGGAAAAAGUUGGUUUGAAUUUGCUGAAGAAGCUAUUCGCGGCCCAACAACAACAACCGUUACUGAAAAUAAUAAAUUAGCUAGUAUUCCUAAACUUCCGGCAGCGGAAGAAUGUCAACCUACACCUGAAACCCCAACAAGUCAAGCUCAAGUGAUUCAGGGCAAUAUUAGAAAACUAUCUGAUCAAUGGGUAGACUUCCAGAAUAUUCCUGAAAAGCGUAAGACUCCGAAAAAAAUUACAACACUGCCAAAGGACACUUUAGCUGAUAACAAGACUAUGGUUGAACACUAUAAUUAUGUUAAACCUGAAGAGUGCCAGUGUGAAUGUCAUGAUGUGGAGAGGGAGUCCGUACUGACACAUAAAUCAAUUGCUUCGGUAGACUUGUUGAAUCCGACUAGGGAAGAUAUGCAGCCACUUUUGGAGCCUGAAACGCUAGAAAGUAUUGAUCCUAGUGAUUCAUCAAGAGAAUACAGUUGUUACACAGAUGAUGAAACAGAAGGUGCUAGAACAAAUCAGAUGCAAACUGAAGAAUUCCCUUUGCGUGGCUUGCACAACUCUAGAAACACGAAGUUCCCUGACAACCGAUAUUCUUAAGAUUUAUAGUAAAUAAUGGUUAUAAAGUGAAUUUUAGUUUGUAAGGCAUUAUAAAAAAAAUUGUUCAAUUUAUAAUAAUUGUAAGCAUGGUAGAAAACGAUGGUAAGAAAAAAACUGAGAGCAGUUUAAAAAAAAAAAUAACAUAAAUUGCAGUGCCCAUAAAAGCAUUGUUGUAAUUGUGAGGGGCUGUAACGCACAAAGUGGUGGAUUCAAUCCCAGUCCUAUCAACAAUUAAAAAAAAAUGUUUUUCAUAUGGGUACUGUCUCUUCCGAGUACGAGGUGACCACAAAGAAAUCUGUUCUCCAAGAGUACUUCAUACUAUAAGUCUCCCCUAAACAAAAGUUCAAGGUCUUCGAUUGACUUCAACAGAGCAAUUACAAAAACAUUCUCGCGUUUGCUAAGGUUUGUUCGAUGACCACCAGAUUGUGUCCACUGAACAAGUACAAGUACGUUUUUCAAUGCUGUAAAAUAUGAUAAAAUGUGCUCAAUUUCAUCUCAUAAGUAUAAUCAUUUUAUUUUGUAAAACAUAUUUGUAUGCAUUCGAAAACACAUUUGCAAGCACUUAUAUACAACAUUAAGUAUUCACUAUUCACCUAUUUAUACUAAUAUAAAUCUCAUAACCUCACAAAAAAUUAAUGCUUUCAAUUGCCAGCUACAACUGUCACCCAACUCAAAUACGACAAAAAAUCCUUGUGCGUUUCAGUGCGGACAUCGAACAUACCUUUUAAAUGAUAGGUCGUGAAUCAGCGAUAAAUUGCAUAAAGUGAGUGCGUCUUUGGAGCAGUUAGAAGUACUUAACAGUACUUUUAAAGGCUCAAAAGAACACCCUACUAUCCAAUUUUUGAGACGUCAUGCACCAUGUAAAGCAAUAAUAGAGUUUCGAAUCGCAAUUAAUUAAAGAAUAACAGUCCGAUUCUAAUCCACGGCCACCGUCAGAACUUUCUAGCCACAAAAAUUAUCAACAUUGUGAUCCCUUCGAGGAAAGAUCAUGGAUCACAAAAAUCCUCACGCUCAGAAUACUAUAGUCAGUUGUGAUUCCUCACAAGAACUGUGAAAGCCAAAUCAGUUGGCACACUGCUGGAACCUGUUGAGUUUUUACCAGUUAUUUCAUUUUGUCAAAACUGGACCCACAACAAGAGUUAAAAUUGUUGCAAUUUACACAGCAAACAUUAGCUGACGGUUCUUUCUCCUUUUUUCUUCACAUUUUUUAACAGAGCUAAAAUUUUGUCAAUGACAAAAACCCAUUUCUUGAUCCCAUAUCCAGAUUUUGGAAGUACAUAUUUUUAAAUGUAAGCAUAAAUUUUUGUUAUCAGUGCGACAACACCGCCAACAACACCAUAUUCCAUCUUUGGACCAUCAGUUUUGUUUCAGACGAAGUCUCACAUCAAUAUGCCCAUUGUUCAGUCUUUCCUCGGCGGAAAACUAACCAUACAAUUUUUACCAAUCUAUUGUCGAGAAUAACACCAAAGUACCUACAUUGUGCUUUUAGACUCUUAACAAAUCUUUAUAUUUUUAAUAGAAUUUGUCUUUGUGUCAGAUGUUAAAGAUUCUUUUAGCCAUUUUCUUCAGAUUUGACGAGUCUUCGUACCACUAAAGAGGAAAGGUUUUUCCUUAAUGUCUAACCGGGGUAGAGGCUUUAAAAGCAGUGAUUAUGGACCUUUCAUAUGUUUUUACCUUUGACUCAAGAUCCGCAUCUUAUGUUCAUGAACUCUGGAAAAUGAAUAUUGUGGAACUACCUCUGUUGCAGAAAGUUAACUUAUUUUCAACAAUUAAAUUAGAAAAAGACUCACAUCGUUCGUUGAUCUUAGAACUACCCCAGAGUGUAUGCUGCCGUGCAUUUGCAUUGCAACCACGACCUGGUUUGUCUUCUUUAUUCUGGCUUGACAUCCCAGGAUUCGUACUUCUUCACGUGGUUACUGCUGUGUGCCAUGUAAUGUAAGGAGUUACGAUUUCCAAUGCUCUAAAAA